GGUUCUCGUUUUAAGAAUGGUAACCAGUUUUUCUUAAAGUCACGUUUUGACUUCCGAACAAAAAGAUCAUGAGUUUGCUAACAAGGUUUCAGCGAGUUUUGCAAAACUUUUCCAACGGAUUCAGGUUAAAUGUGCCAGCUUUAGCCACAGUGAAUUGUUUACCUGAAAAAUCAGAGAACAGUUCACAUCUUACACUACAGCAAUGCUUUGAGAACAUCAUGAGGGCAGCUGUGCCAAAGAACAGGCGGUCAAAGGAGAAACGGGCGACCAGAAAGAUGGGUCAUUUCAAAUUAUUCAAGAAGGAACAUUUUAAAGAAAAAACAGAGACAUGUUUGACAUGUGGAAACUAUUACAGGCGAGGAUUUCUCUGUGAUCAUUGUUAUAAUGUUGCCAAAAGGAAAACAAUGAAAAUUUGGAAGGAUAUUGGUGACAAAUACAUGAACUUUCAGUAUUUCACGGUGGAUGGUAAUCCUGAUAAUGUGAGGAGAUCAUUUAAGUACGAAAAAGUGCAGGACUGGUUUACUGACAAUGAAAAUCAAACCACGGCAUCGGAACAAAAAGACCCUAGUGCUUCUGACACCACGCUAACCAAAGAGCAAGUCUCAAACACUUAAAACAUCCAAUGUUUAGUGUAUAGGAGAGGGUUUAGAAUUAAAUACAGAUGUACCAUUGUGUAUGAAAUAAUAAAUGUUUAAUGCGUGUA